CCUCGAUAUUCACGUUGAUCGAAUCAUCAAAUUGAACACGACAUAAAAAAAUACAUUAUUAUUCAAUAACAUCAUAUUCCAAGCAAAUACAAAAAUACAGUUCGUUUGCACAGACACAGAUACUUGAAGUGGUUUUCAGUUUUUUUUUCGACGCCGCUUACAAAAUACAUCUUCCCCAUACAAAAAAGACAAUAAAACACCCACGGUCUGGCCAUCAAUAUCAUAUAUAUAUAUAUGAGAUAUAUAUAAGUAUAUAUAUCUAGAUAUUGGAUUCCGUUUGGUGUGUGCGUUACUUCUUGAUAUAAUUUACGGACAAGAUCUUUAAAUUCUGCAGUUGUGUGUAGAUAUUACAAAUUAUUGUUAUCAAUUAAUCUUUGUCUCUGUGUGCUGUGUGGCCUGCCGUGGAUCCCAAGAUUGAUUCGGAUUGAUUUUGUUGCCCGUCUCUCGCAGCCGGUUCCGGGAUACGUAAAUUUCCUUUAUUCCUAUUUUGUACAUUUUUAAUCGGAUGUCAAUUUGAGCGGUGAUAAUAAAUAAAAAACGGCUGCUGUUUGUUGGGCCGUGUGUGGGUCAUCAAACAAGUAUAUAUAUAUAUUUUUCUAAAGGAAAGAUUGCCAAAGGUCUAAACGUGAUACUACUCAUUGAUGUAUAAAUCAGAAUAGAUAUUAAUAUUGGCUCCUGAAACUCAAUUUGAAAUAAUGUCUCAAAAUCGUGGUGCAGCAAUGGGAGGGGCCAAAGGCGGCGCAGUACGCGAGCCACUAAAAAAAGUAGUCUCCGUGCCUCCCGUGGUAAGGAAAUCGAGUAAAAGCCGUUCAUUUCAUUUUCGUUACCUGGAACUGUGUCGUGCCAAGAAUAUUCAACCGAUAGCGGAAAUACGUGCCAAGUCGAAUACUACAUUUUUAGAGCUUUUUGCCGAUAGAUUGGCCAUAAACGAUUGGCUAUUGAUCAACGAGGCGUUGCAUCAUGAUUUGGUGCUUCAGACCUUGCAUGUACGCAUUCGACGUAUUCUUCCGCAAAGUACCAUUGAACCCAUUGAUUCGGAGAAGAGGGCUCGCUUGUAUCGGACGAGACCAGUGAUUUAUACACGAUUUAUCUUUGCCGCCAUGGUAAAUGCAAUUGGCAAUUGUGUGGAGCUCAAUAAGAAUCUGACUACCCUGAAACUGGAGGGGCUGCCACUGCAGGAGAGCUACAUUGAGACCAUUGCCAAGGCUUUGGCUUCCAAUGAGUCCUUGGUUACUCUUGGUUUUCGUAAGUCUCCAAUUGGCGAUAGGGGUUGUUCAUUGGUGUGCAACACGGCCAAGUAUUUGAAUACCAUCGAAGUGUUUGAUCUCUCUGAAUGCAAUCUAACUGCAAAGGGUGCCGAAGCUAUAGCUGAUAUGAUAAAGAUGCAAAAAAUUACACGCUUCUCCGAAGGUUGGGAGAAGUCUCUACGCUAUCGUAGUGUGGAUGUUAAUGCCAUUGCUGGUUUGCGUAUCAUUCAGAUGGCCAAUAAUCCGGAAAUUGGUGAUGAGGGGGUCAAGUUUAUAGCGGAAGUCCUCAAAGAGGAUGCCUGGAUAAAAAAUGUCGAUAUGGAGGGAUGCGGCAUAACCGAUAUUGGUGCCAAUUUGAUAUUGGGUUGCCUGGAGGUCAACAAUGCCAUUACCGAUUUCAAUGUCCGUAAUAACGAGGGCAUAAGCAAGUUCAUCUAUCGUAGCAUACGCGAACAUUUGGAGGGUCCCAAUGAGGAGCAACCAGAGGAGCCCCAAUAUGAUUUGAGUUGCGUUAAUGGCCUACAGAGCCUGCCUAAGAAUAAGAAGGUUACGGUGUCUCAAUUGCUCAAUCACAUCAAGAAUCUGGAGGAGCAAUUGUCCUUUGAGCGAACGCUUCGCAAGAAGGCCGAGAAGCUCAAUGAGAAACUAAGCCAACACCUAAUGUCUUCUGGUAAUAGUGCUGCAACUCCAUCGGAAAAAAUGGUCGAAACACCCAAUGUGCCGAAUGGCUAUGUCAUAGUGAGAAAUGAGUCUCUCCAAGAUAUUAUCAAGGAAACGCAGAGCUAUCGCAAGACGAGCACCUCCAGUCGGUUGGUCAACAGUUUGGUUACUAGUCCAGAAGGAACACCUCGCAGUGACAUUGCCACAUUGCGUAAGGAGCAUCAACUCCAAAUGUCGUCUAUGCAGGAUCAACUGAAACCAGUGCUGGAAGAAGAAAGUCAAUCCGAGGCCGAGAUGAGGUCCAACGGCUACAUGGAUGAGCAGCAGCCACGCAAAUUCUUGCAGGUUCGCAAAGUACGCAGCGAGAUGAAAUAUGUGGAGGCCAAUGUAAAGGAUAAUUCAAAGCAUCACGAAUCGAAAUCGGAUCAUGAGUUUGCCAAUGAACGUGAUUUCCAUCUUAAUCCGAUGGUUCAAUUUGAGACUGAUAUUGGUGAUAGUAUGAUGGUCAAUCAGCAGGAUCGUAAACGUAAAGAAGGCGGAUGCGGCGAUGGCGAUUAUCCGCCGUAUGGUUAUGAGGAUGCCAUUAAGAAGCAGACAUUGGGUCGCAAUGGCAAUCCUAUCGAGAGGGGGCAUUAUGGCGAUACACGAAAGCCACUAAAUAACGAUGGCAUGCAUCGCAAUUCUGGCGGCUCUGGAGAUGGUGGCCGUGCGGCCCAAUACAUGGCCGAGAUAGAACGUAAGACUGCUAAUAGGUCUGGCAAAAAGCGUCAUAAGCCAAAAUCCGAAGAAGGCAGCCAUCAAACCGAGUCUUACAUGCACAGGACUACUGAACAGGUGGAAACUUAUAUUUCAAACUAUGAAGAUGACGGUCUGGACACAAAUUUUAUCAACUCUGGCUCGGAAGCGGACGUAACGGAUACUACUAUACGCGGUCAGGGAUCAUCCAAUGGUAAAUUUACAGGCAUGAAGGUGUUCAUGCGACGCACCAGCAAACAGUGUGUGGACAAUCAAUCAAACGAUGAAAAUGGCAGCGGAAAUACCGACGAUGAUAUACUAUCGCCUCGUUCCGUAUACUUGGAAAUGCAGAGAAAACAAGAAGAACAAAAUUCAUAUAGCAAUUAGAGAUGCAUUAUUCCACAAAUGGAUAACUCUGCUCCGCUUAGCAACUUCAAAACGAGACAACCAAUCAUAUCCAUAUAUAAAUCCAAAGAAAAACUUUUAAGCCUCGAAUACCAAACAAAAAAAAAAAAAUAUGGAGAACCAAAUUUUCAGUUGUAGUUCCAUGCGGAGUUUAGUUUCUUUUAGACGGAAAUGUGCAUAAUAACACGUUGGAGCCUAUAAUUGGGCCUUCUUAAGAUUCAAUUCACUGGUUACUAAAGUUCGUUGAAUCACAUACUAGAUGUUAAUCCAUAAAAAAAAAUAAACAACAAUUGAAAGCAAAA